GUGGGGCGCAAGUCGCUCACAUCCACCCUCGAGGCAGUUGCCCAGGCUGACGAGAGAUCGCCCUUUCUAGAGAUCCUGUCCAACGAUAACAUGCGCCCUCCGGUCCAGACUCGGGUCAUGUUUGACGAGGAUUCAGAGGUGUUGCUGAUUGACACAGUGGGCGACAUUUUGAUGGACAAUGUCUGGGUCUCAGCUCGGUCGGAGGCCCUGAACAACCAGCAGCUUCCACUCUGUCCUGCUAAGGACAGAAUUGCCAUGACUCAUGCAACACGGUUCCACUGGCUGGGCAGCGCGAUGGAGACCGGGGGUGGACAUGCAGAGACAUAUUUGGUCGCAUCCCAGCUACGCACGGAGGCAACACGGUGCCUUGGCGGCCAGAGCAGUGAGACUCGCUGGCGCAGUGAGGCUGAGCCCAUUGGGCUGCGCGGCUUGGGGGCAAAUGAUGCCAACCUAUUUGCCCUGAUCAGUGCUGGAGCCAUGAUCCCCGGCAACUUCGUGCAAUCAAGCGGCGCCAUGGCCGUUCCGGUGAUCGGAGCUAUCUGCAGCCCCAUGCCGGUGCUGAUGCAGCCAGUGGCCUUCACUCCGAAUGCUGUGCCAAUCAUGGCGCAGCCAGUACAGCCACUACCGCUGAGCCAGCCAUGCCAACCACUGAUGAGCCAGCCGUGCCAGGACAUCGACGCUGAGACACCGAGUCUGCCACCAUCACCUUCCGGGAGCUGCUGCUUCAGCCGAGUGCCAACUGGGAGCACGACAGCAUCAGUGUCUUCUUUUGGGGGUUCCUUGGAUCGUGAACUUUCUGAGAGAUCGAUGACCCCCGUGGGACCAGUGUUGCCGCCGGCUCCCGAAGCAGGCUCUGUGAAAGGCCAUGUUUGGCAGUUCUGUCAGAAGCAGAACGGCUGUCGUCGUGUUCAGGAAGCCAUCGAUGCAUGCGGCUCUGAUCAGGAGCGAAAUGCAUUGGCCAUGGAGAUAGCGGGACAUGUAUGGGAAGCUGUUCGCUGCCCGUUUGGAAAUUACGUCGUACAGAGGUUUAUCACCCUGCUUCGGCCCCGUGACUGCCAGUUCAUCAUUGAUGAGAUCUCAUCACAAGGCAAACGAGCGGCGUCGCAGCUGGCCCGCCACCGGUUGAGGGGCUUCCCGGCCCUCGGCGAGGUCUGCUCCGGGCUGUCAAGUGAAGAGAUUGCUGCUGACAUGAAGACAACUGAAAGCUGUGCCACUUGCAGCAUGACUUACGAGUCAAAACAUUGUUCCUUCCAGUUGUCUGACUGCAGUGUUUACCAAGAGUUUGUGAACAUUGCUCGUGUAGCUAAUGAUGGCUCCGACCUGGUGACCGGCUCUGCAACAAGCUGUCGUCGGCAAAUCAACGUGAGGCUGACAACAGAUUGCUCCUUGGUGGAGAUCCUGUCCGGCGAUCACAUCAACUCGUCCGGCGGGCAGCAAGUGGCCUUUACUCCGAAUGCCGUGCCAAUCAUGGCGCAGCCAGUGCAGCCACCACCGCUGAGCCAGCCACGCCAGGACAUUGAUACCGAGACAUCGAGUCUGGCCGGGAGCUGCUUCAGCCCUGUGACAACUGGGAGCACGACAGCAUCGACAGCCUCAGUGUCUUCCUUUGGGAGUUCCUUUGGAGCCGAACUUUCUGAGAGAUCGAUGACCCCCGUGGGACCAACCUUUCCACCGACUCCCGAAGCAGGCUCUGUGAAAGGCCAUGUUUGGCAGCUCUGUCAGAAGGAGAACGGCUGUCGUCGUGUUCAGGAAGCCAUCGAUGCGUGCGGCUCUGAUGAGGAGCGAGCCGCAUUAGCCAUGGAGAUCGUGGGACAUGUAUGGGAAGCUGUUCGCUGCCCGUUUGGAAAUUACGUCGUACAGAGGUUUAUCACCCUGCUUCGGCCCCGUGACUGCCAGUUCAUUAUUGAUGAGAUCUUGUCGCAAGGCAAACGAGCCCUUCAGCUUGUACGACACCAGUAUGGAAACUUCGUGAUGCAGCGAAUCCUUAGCCACGGCACGCCUGCGCAGCAGCGUUCCUUGUGCCAGCUUCUGAGGCCCCAGGCUUGCGACCUAGCCACUGAUCAGAAUGCAAGUGCUGUGCUGGCAAAGGCAUUGAUCCACUGCUGUUUAGAAGACAAGAUCAGCUUGGCAAACGGGCUGUUGUCGCGGCCGGGGCUUCUGGUUGCCAUGUCCAAAACUCGUCAUGGCCAUCAGACAGCUCUGGCGCUGCUGCAUGUCCUGGAGGGAGCCAACCUCACCUCAGCAUUGGACGCCUUGAAGAAGGACCUUCCCUCCUUGACCCGUUUGCGCUACGGGCGCGUCGUGCAUCUCGGCAUCACUUGGCGGAUAUGUCACUCAGGUUCCAAACCACGUGUGAAGCAAAUCGCUCAUGCGCCUGAGACAACUCUCGUUAAAUGA